AUGUCCGAAAUCACUCACCCGACCAUUAAGGAUGGCUGGUUCAGGGAGAUCUCUGAAAUGUGGGCAGGUCAGGCCAUGACCCUGAAGGUCAAGAAGGUUCUGCACCACGAGAAGAGCAAGUACCAGGACGUCUUGAUCUUCGAGUCGGAGAAGCACGGCCACGUCCUGGUGCUGGACAACGUCAUCCAGUGCACCGAGCGUGAUGAGUUCUCCUACCAGGAGAUGAUCACCAACUUGGCCAUGAUGUCGCACCCCAACCCCAAGAAGGUCUUGGUCAUUGGUGGUGGUGACGGUGGUGUCCUCCGCGAGGUUGUCAAGCACGAGUGCGUCGAGGAGGCCAUUCUCUGCGACAUCGACGAGGCCGUCAUCCGUCUCUCCAAAGAGUACCUGCCCGUCAUGGCUGAGGGCUUCAAGCACCCCAAGACCAAGGUGCACGUCGGUGACGGAUUCAAGUUCUUGGAUGACUACAAGAACUGCUUCGAUGUCAUCAUUACUGACUCGUCUGACCCCGAGGGCCCUGCUGAGAGCCUGUUCCAGAAGCCUUACUUCCAGCUCCUGCACGAUGCUCUCCGCGAUGGCGGUGUCAUCACUACUCAGGCUGAGAGCCAGUGGCUGCACCUGCCCCUGAUCCAGCAGGUCAAGAAGGACUGCGCUGCCGUCUUCCCCGUUGCUGAGUACGGCUUCACUACUAUCCCCACCUACCCCUCGGGCCAGAUCGGCUUCAUGGUCUGCUGCAAGGAGGCCGGUCGCGAUGUCACCAAGCCCCUGAGGAAGUGGACCCCUGAGGAGGAGGUCAAGCUGUGCAGAUACUACAACUCCAAGGUUCACGAGGCCGCCUUUGUCCUGCCGACCUUUGCUGCCGAAGCCCUGAAGAAAUAG